AUGCGCCUCUUCCGCCUCGCCCAGACCCUUCCCACCCGCCUCCCCAACCUCCCCAUCCGCCUCUACGCAACCGAAUCCCUCACCAUCCCCUCCUCCACAACCACAGCCACCUCCUCCGCCGCGACCUCCGCGACCACCACAUCCACACCCUACCUCGUCUCCCGCACCAAAUCGAACCGACUCCCUGUCUACCUCCGCAUCCAGGCCGGCGGCUCCAAGCGCACGACGCUGAUCCGCCGUAUAGAUGGAGAUGCCCUCGCGCUGAAGGCUGAUGUUCAGGAGGCUCUUGGGGUAGAUAAGGCGGAUGUUUCUUUGAACCCCGUGACAGGACAUGUCGUCGUGAAGGGAUCACACGUUCCUAGCAUCACAGAGUGGCUCAAGACCAAGGGCUUUUAA